AUACCGAAGAAUUCCAAAGACUGCGAGACAUUAAGCAAUUAGGAGCCUCUAAUUAUGUUUUCCCAAGUGCAUGUCACAAUCGUUUUGAACACAGUCUAGGAACUGCACACCUUGCUUAUACCUUAACAAAAAAAUUACAAGAUCAACCAGGAAUUGAAACAAGUGAUCGUGACCUUAAAUGUGUAACUUUGGCUGCUUUGUGUCACGAUUUAGGACAUGGACCAUUUAGUCAUGUGUUUGAUAAUGAAGUUAUCCCAGCAAUUGCGCCAAAAUUAAAAUGGAAGCAUGAAGAUGGAUCCGAACUGAUGCUUGAUCAUCUUUACAAUGGAAUGGAAUCGCGCUCCAUUGAUCUAAGCACAGAUGAUUUGAAAUAUAUCAAGAAUCUUAUUAAAGGCGACAGAACUGGCUCUAUACCUCUAAGCAAAGAUGACAUAAUUGUCGAUUGGCAAGAUUUGAAUUAUGCAAAAGGAAAAUCGAAUCCAAUAGAAAGUGUUAAAUUUUAUAAUAAAGAUCGUACUAUGAUACUCGAUCUUGAACCUGAAAGAAUUAGCCAUCUUUUUCCUGAACAAUAUCAAGAAAGGAUCGUUCGCAUAUUUUCACGUGAUCCAAACAAGGUUGACUCAAUUCAUGAUGCUUUUAAGAAACUUGCAAGAAAACUGGAUCUAAAUGUAAAUGAAGGAUUUAUAACUGGUGAAAAAGUAGAUAUUAUGGAUUUCAAACCGAAAGUUGAUAGUCAAUAUAACAAAAAUGAAGACAGUAUUAAAAAGACGCUUCCAAUUAGUGAUGG